CCCUUCGAAAAAUGGCUGACUGUGAAGAAGUGAAUGAUCCCUCUUCCAUUUUGUUUCCGUCUAGUAGUGUCAUUAGUAACUGUGGCGGCGGAGGUGGUCUCAGUCCCUCUAAUAUCAUUGUUAUUGUAGUUGGAAUGCUAGCAGCUGUACUUUUGAUGGCUCUGCUGUCUACUGUGGCUCUCUUUUUCGUGUUUCGAACUAUCAAGUAUAGACGAACUAAAGUCACUCCUUUGGGUCCAGUGGAAGCUUCCAAAGCAAAGAAAUAUGACUCACCACAAAAUCACAGCAACAUUAGUGGGAUUUUUAUUGUAGAUGGUAUAACAUGAAUAAAUAGUAAAACCGAUCAUUUUGUCAUUUUUAUUUUUCAUGUUUGUCCUUUAUAUUAA